AUGUACAUCGGUCAAACGGUACAUGCUCAGCAUGCCCAUGGGUCUUCCGGUUCACGGUUACGUUUCCCUGGGCAAACUAUAUCUGGUCUAUACUAUACUGGUCACGAAAAUCAGAGUCGUUUGCAAAAGAACAGCUAAGAAAACGUUUUACGUCGGUAAACACGGCAAACAAAGUACUCUACUUCUUUCUUCUUUUUAUUCGAAAGGUCGAGGCCUGCGUAGACGUGAGCGAGUGGUACUGCAGAAUGUUUCAGAAGAACUUGAAAUUGCGGACAAAUAUAUGGGCACGGUACCACUUCAAAAUUACGAGACCCGGCAAAAAAACUGUUGACGUGACGGAAGCUUUUUCAUUUUGUCCACCGUGUGCCACAGAAGAAUACACCAACAACACGUCGCCGUUGAAAAAUCAAGAGAGAGAGAGAGAGGAAACUGCGAAACCAAGUUUGUCUUGUACGUACUGCCGUUGCUACGAGAAAAGUCCAAUAUAUCGAUCCUCGAAACCGAACAAGGACGAUCCUACGGGACGACGAUGGAGAGGUCAAACCAUACUCGCCUGUGUAUCGCGUGUACACGUUCACGAAAUCGUCGCAAACGAAGCACCAUUAGACGCGUGUUUAAUUUUUUAA